GCUGAUGACGCGCACGGGGGGCGCCGCAGUUUAGACAGCAUGGCUGCGGGAGCGGAGAAGAAGCCGGUGCUGGAGAUGGUCCAGGGUAACGGGACAGAUGAGUCCUGUGUGACGUUUGUGUUGCAUGAAGAGGAUCACACGUUGGGAAACGCUCUGCGCUACAUGGUCAUGAAGAACCCUGAAAUAGAGUUUUGUGGAUACAGCAUUACGCAUCCUUCUGAAAGCAAAAUCAAUUUUCGCAUCCAGACACGAAAUGGAUUGCCAGCAGUGGAGCCAUUCCGAAAAGGACUUACUGAGCUUAUGGAUGUCUGCCAGCACGUUCUCAACACAUUUGAGACCAGCAUGAAACGACACAAUGACCAAAAGGAGACUGCAAUGGAGUAACGUCCUGGAGUAGCAUGUAUAUAAUGUCCUGUGAGGACCUCUGCUCUGUAAUAUACAUUUCUUAGAAUAUUUUCUAUUGCUUCCAUUCCUAUAUGUAACAUAAGGUUAAAUAUACAUGUACAAUACUUCUGAA